UUACGACAAAAGUUUUGAUGUGAGGUGUGCAUGCCAAAUUCACGCAAAACCCUGCUCAUGCAAUAGAUUGAAAACGCGGAAAAAUCUGUCCUUUUUGGCGAAUGAAUGAAACACAUCUAAAUGUAUAACUGAAAAUCCCAGGAGGCAGGAGAGAGCUUACGUGCAGGGCAGGGAGAGAUCCAUAAAAAGGGCAGGUGUCCCUGUCGUUAUUCACCUGGCCUUUUUUUCUCUUUACUUUCCUCUCCGGCGAAUUGGAUCACACAACCUUUUCUUUUCGUUUUUUGCUAUUUACAUUUCCUUGUCUCGGUAUUAAAAAGUCACUUUGCCCGUUGUCCUUUUCUGCAUCCCACGACUCCCGAAGGUGUAUAUGACCGGCACUUUGUUCUCGUAGUGGAUUUGGACGAUUGGGUGUUAAUGACUCGGUGAUCCAAUGGUCUAAUACCAAUAACCAGGAUACCCUGAUCCAUACAGGUUGGUUUAUAAGCGAGUGGGAGGAUUGCUUUCAAAUUUCUGGAAAAUAUGAGUGGAGCUGUGCUUGUGGCUGUUGCUGCUGCGUUUGGUAACUUAUUGCAAGGAUGGGAUAAUGCGACAAUCGCAGGGGCUGUUUUAUACAUAAAGAGGGAAUUCAAAUUAGAGAGUGAACCCACUGUUGAAGGGCUAAUUGUGGCGAUGUCACUUAUUGGAGCCACUUUGAUUACAACAUGCUCUGGAGCCCUAGCAGACUGGCUGGGACGCCGUCCUCUUCUGAUAACCUCAUCUGUCCUUUAUUUUGUUAGUGGUCUUGUAAUGUUUUGGUCUCCCAAUGUUUAUGUCCUAUUAUUUGCUAGGCUUUUAGAUGGAUUUGGAAUUGGUCUGUCUGUUACUAUAGUUCCGGUUUAUAUAUCUGAGACAGCGCCACCGGAAAUAAGGGGAUCGCUGAAUACCCUUCCCCAGUUCGCUGGUUCCGGGGGAAUGUUUAUGUCGUAUUGCAUGGUGUUUGGGAUGUCGCUGAUGAAAUCACCGAGCUGGAGGUUGAUGCUGGGGAUUCUUUCCGUUCCUUCCAUUGUUUAUAUUGUAUUGACCGUAUUAUUCUUGCCCGAGUCUCCACGUUGGCUUGUUAGUAAAGGGCGGAUGCUAGAGGCCAAGCAGGUUUUGCAGAGGCUGAGUGGCAGAGAAGAUGUCUCUGGUGAUAUGGCUUUACUGGUUGAGGGUCUUGGAGUUGGAGGUGAAACAUCUUUAGAGGAAUACAUAAUUGGCCCAGACAAUGAGCUCACAGAUAACCAGGAUCCAUCUGGUGAAGAUCAAAUUAAAUUAUAUGCCCCUGAAGAUGGUCUCUCCUGGAUUGCCAGACCUGUCACUGGGCAGAGUACUCUUGAGCUUGUAUCCCGGCAUGGAAGCAUGGCAAGUCGGAGUGGGCUAGUAGAUCCUCUUGUCACCCUCUUUGGCAGUGUCCAUGAGAAGCUCCCUGAAACUGGAAGCAUGCGAAGCAUGCUUUUUCCAAACUUUGGCAGUAUGUUCAGUGUGGGAGGAAAUCAACAUAGACAAGAAGAGUGGGAUGAGGAAAGUCUUGCCAGAGAGGGUGAGGAGUAUGCAUCUGAUGCUGAUGCCAAUGAUUCCGACGAUAAUUUGCAGAGUCCAUUGAUCUCCCGUCAGACAACGAGCCUGGACAAGGACUUGGGCCCACCCCCCCAUGGCAGCCUGUCAAGCAUGAGGCAUGGCAGUCUCGUGCAAGGAAACACUGGGGAACCAGUCGGUAGCAUGGGAAUUGGUGGCGGCUGGCAGCUGGCAUGGAAAUGGUCUGAGAGAGAAGGGAAAGAUGGCAAGAAGGAAGGAGGUUUUAAAAGAAUUUAUUUGCACCAAGAGGGUGUAACUGGAUCUCAGCGUGGGUCUCUAGUUUCUAUUCCUGGUGGUGAAGCACCAACAGACGGUGAGUUUAUCCAUGCUGCUGCUUUAGUGAGUCAACCUGCUCUUUAUUCCACUGAGCUUAUGCAUCAGCAGCCAAUUGGACCAGCUAUGGUUCAUCCAUCAGAAACUGCUGCAAAAGGACCAAGUUGGAGUGAUCUCUUUGAACCAGGAGUGAAACACGCACUGGUUGUUGGCGUGGGAAUUCAACUACUUCAGCAGUUCUCAGGAAUAAAUGGGGUUCUCUACUACACACCUCAAAUUCUUGAGCAGGCAGGCGUUGGAGUUCUUCUUUCCAACGUAGGCAUUAGUUCAGCUUCUGCAUCUCUGCUUAUUAGUGGACUGACCACUUUGUUGAUGCUUCCUUGUAUAGCUGUUGCCAUGAGGCUCAUGGAUGUAUCGGGCAGGAGGAGUUUGCUGCUCAGCACAAUCCCUAUCUUGAUAUUAUCUCUCCUAGUCCUAGUCGUUGGAAGUGUCGUGGAUAUGGGCAGUGUCGUGAAUGCAUCAAUCUCAACUGUUAGUGUUGUGCUUUACUUCUGUUUCUUUGUCAUGGGGUUUGGGCCAAUCCCCAACAUACUCUGUGCAGAGAUCUUCCCCACCCGAGUUCGUGGCCUCUGCAUUGCCAUAUGUGCACUCACAUUUUGGAUAGGUGACAUCAUUGUCACCUACACACUCCCGGUGAUGCUCAAAUCCGUUGGUCUUGCCGGUGUUUUUGGCAUGUAUGCAGUUGUUUGCCUCAUAUCAUGGGUGUUUGUUUUCAUGAAAGUCCCAGAGACCAAGGGCAUGCCCCUUGAAGUGAUUUCCGAAUUCUUCUCUCUGGGUUCAAAGCAGGCUGCAGUUAACAAGAACAACUGAUGUGGUCACUGAUGGAUCGAAAAUUUUGAUUUUGAUUGAUCUUUCUCGUUUGAACUGGGUUCUUAUUUCAUCUACUUCUUGCUUCAUCUAUUUCUGUACAGAAUAAAGAUCAUUUUUUUUUAUUCAUUUGUUGGUGUGUACUUAAUAUGAACGACUUCAGAGUUUUUGUCUGUGUUCAAAAUUGAGAUUGCUGAAA